CCGACAUAAUACCAUAGAAGAAGAAGGUUAUUUCGUUCGAGGAACGUCACCUGCGUCUGUAAGGUGUUCUGAAACCAGGGAAGGGAUGACCGGCCAGACGGAGGCUGAUAUACCUGAAACGGGAGCAGUCUUCACCUUUGGGAAGAGCAAGUUUGCUGAUAAUGUGCCCAGUAAAUUCUGGCUGAAGAAUGACCAUCCAGAGGAAAUCUCAUGUGGGGGGGAUCACACUGCUGUCAUAACAGGCCAUGGCAGGCUUUUCAUGUUUGGAAGUAAUACCUGGGGUCAGCUAGGACUGGGGUCAGAGAUCAAUGUCAACAUCAACAAGCCCACCGCUGUGAAAGCGUUGAAGUCUGAAAAAGUUAAGUUUGCAUCAUGUGGGAGAGACCACACAAUAGUGUGCACAUGGAGUGGGCGUGUUUAUGGUGCUGGCAGUAACCAGGAGGGGCAGCUUGGUUUGGGACACUGUGACGACACAAACACCUUCCUCCUGCUUCAUCCUUUCUCUGACCAUGCACCAAUCAAAAUGCUUGCUGCUGGCUGCAACACCUCAGCUGCCCUGACAGAGGACGGCAGGCUGUUCAUGUGGGGUGAUAACUCUGUGGGCCAGAUCGGUCUGGGCACAGAGAGCUACAUCUCAGAGCCCAGAGAUGUGAUGGUGGGACAGCCAGUGGCCUGGGUGUCUUGUGGAUACCACCACUCAGCGUUUGUCACAGUGGAUGGGGACCUCUACACGUUUGGGGAGAGUGGGAGCGGAAGACUGGGUGUAUUCCCAGACCAGCUAGCCAAUCACAGAGUCCCUCAGCGUGUGGAAAGCAUCCAGGACCCGGUCAUCCAAGUGUCCUGUGGAGGGGAGCACACAGUGGCACUCACAAAGGACAAUGUGUAUGCAUUUGGGCGGGGGCAGCAUGGGCAGCUAGGCCAUGGGACCUUCCUGUUCGAGGUACCUUUGCCAAAAGCACUGGACCACUUCCGGAAUGGCAGAGUCAGUCACGUAACCUGUGGAGAGAACCACACUGCAGUGAUCACAGACAGUGGGAUUCUAUACACCUUUGGGGACGGUCGCCAGGGUAAACUAGGACUGGGGGAAGAGAACUUCACCAACCAGUUCAGACCAACACUGUGCCCACGCUUCCUCAAAUACAGUGUCCAGUCAGUAAGUCAAGUAGUGUCUAAGUCUAUGUUCGUGCACCUGCUAAUACUGUGUAUGUGUGUUCAGGUGGCAUGUGGCGGCUCUCACAUGCUGGUGCUGGCUAUGCCCAGACUCCCAGAGGUUGAGGAAGUGGUGAUAGAGGAGGAUGAUGUUACAGAGAGCAUUCUGGAGUCUCUGGAGACCUACACCGAGCUGCUCCUGAUGGACCCCUCCUUCCUGAUGCCCAACCCACAGACCACACCUCCUCUCUGGACCCUGUCUGCUAGGGCCCGCCGCAGGGAGAGGGAGAGUUCUCCAGAGCAGUUUGGCCAGAUGUUCCGUAACCUUCCGCCUCUGAUGUCAGGCUUCCUCAACGCCUCCCUGCCCCUGUCCAGAAAUAUCCGCAUCUCCAGAACACCAUCUGAAGACCCCUGCACCUCCUCACUGUCCUCCAAUCCCUCCUCAAACGACCCCCCCAGCCCCUCACGCUCCCUUAAAUCCAGAUCCAAAACCCCAUUAACACCGUCACCCAAGUUCAUAUUCCCAGACCCUCCUAGCCCUUCACUCUCCUCCAAGUUCUCCCCUAAGAAGAGGCCCAGCCCCUCAAAAUCCCCCAAAUAUGCAUCUAAAGAACACCUCACCCCCCCACAGUCCUUUAAAUCCACACAUAAACUCAUCCCCACCCCCUCAGUGUCCCCUAAACCCUCCUCUGUAAAGCCCACAGAUGACAACCAAUCCCCCAAAACGCUGUCUGAGGGUCCCACCACACCACAGACAGAGAGGACCAAGGACACUGUGAUAGAAGCAACUGACAGCCGGAUGCUCAUUGAGAAUUUGAAGAAGAACAUGGAUGAAGAGGACAAUAAAGACAUGUUGCCAGACCUGGCAUUACCAUCAGGGGGAGAUUUUGGCGAUGAGACUGGGACUACAUCUGCAGAACAGAAGGAUAAGGGACAUAAAAAGGGUCGGGCUCUGAGGAGAGCUGUUAAGGAGGCAGAAAUGGAGGUUGAACAAGCCCCGGCCAACAGGAAGCUGCAGCUACUUUCCCGUAAGGCCCUUCCUACCGAGCUUCUGAGAGGCUCCAGCUUGAGUUCAUUAAAGGCAGAGGGCACGCCCCCAAAGAGCCCCAAAUGCUUAAUGAACCCUCAGACCCCAGCCAGCGGCAAGGAAAACAUUGCCUUGACAGCAGAAAAUUCUGGCAUCAAAGUGAACACCAGUAAACUGACAGGUAGUAAUCUGCAAAGCACACGUAAAGCAGGGUCUAAACCAAUUUCACCAGCAAAGAAACAAAGCAAGUUAUCCGUAUCGAAACCUAGCACUCCUACACACAGCCAGAUCCAGAUAUCUGUGUCUAAACCCAGCACUCCAAAACAUGGUCAAAACAAACUGUCUGAAUCUAAACCCAGCACUCCAAAACAUGGUCAAAACAAACUGUCUGAAUCUAAACCCAGCACUCCAAAACAUGGUCAAAACAAACUGUCUGAAUCUAAACCCAGCACUCCAAAACAUGGUCAAAACAAACUGUCUGAAUCUAAACCCAGCACUCCAAAACAUGGUCAAAACAAACUGUCUGAAUCUAAACCCAGCACUCCAAAACAUGGUCAAAACAAACUGUCUGAAUCUAAACCCAGCACUCCAAAACAUGGUCAAAACAAACUGUCUGAAUCUAAACCCAGCACUCCAAAACAUGGUCAAAGUAAGCUGUCUGAGAUGAAUAAAGGUACAGAGAUGAAAGUUAAAGGCCCUGUAAAAGUUCAAGGUAAAGAGGCUUUCAAAGACCAGAAAUCUAAAAUUGCAGAGGAAUAUACUAAAACAAUUGAAGUUCAAAAUAAACCACUUCAAGAGAUCAUGCCCCCUCCAGUCAAAGUUAAAGGUAAACCUGUGGAAAAGGAAACAACUCCAAUUAAGGCUACUGCUGAAACCAUUCCUUUGAAAGUAAAGAGCAUUCCCAAGAAGAUUGUAGAUGAUAACAAACCAUCUGAAUGUAAAGGCACUCCAAUAAAAGGAAAAAAGAAGGCAAAAGAGGUGAAUGAAGAGAAGAUGGAAGAGUCUAUUACUUUCAACGAGUCAGGGACAAUAGUGGGGAACAAAAUGGCAGUUAAAGAUAAAGGCAAAGAAAAAGAAAGUGCACCCACCAAAACAAAAAAUGUGCCCAAACCAAAAGAUGUUGAAGCGAUACUAACUGAGAUAGAGGGAGCCCCAGUGAAACUGAAAAGCAAGCCGACAGAGGUUUCCAGCCAAGCAGUCUUAGUAGAACCUACCUCAAAGGCCAAAUCACCAGUCACAUCACUCUCAUUAUCAGAUGCACUACCUCAAAAUGCUGGAGAUAAGAAGUCAACAAAGUCACUGGUUGUCUGUCAGGUCAGGGAUAGAGUGGAGGUCCCAGGGGAAGAUGCCUUUGAUGAAUCCCAGAAGGGGAAGCCUAGCUGGGGAGGAUUUCUCAGCGAUGCAGCCUCUCUCCUUCCAGAUGUGGGGAUGGCGGGGACAGCCAUGGGGUUCCUGAGUGAGGCGGUGACGAGCGUGAGGGGGAUUCAGUCGGAGAGUGACACAGACACUUCUAUCCCUCCUCGGCGGUCCAGCCGGGUAGAGAGGUUCACCAAACAGAGCGCCAUCACCCAGCCUUCCUCCACAUCACCCUCUUCUUCAACAUCAGAUCCAAGCACAGCUGAGCAAAGCAAGAGGACUGACGCACGCAUCGGCACCCUCAGGAAUUCUGAUCAGGAAGUGGGGAGCAGGAUUAUUGAGAAGGACCCAGAAACCACAGAGGCUGCUAGUGAGAGGUCAGGGGGUCAGGCCAAGGUUGAUUAUGAUGAGAACUCUAGUAGUCAAAGUUCGGGAGCUGAGGAUGAUGAAGAUAAAGAGGGCGGAGAGGCAGAAGAAAAGAGUGAAGACAGCGAGGGUGCAGAGGCAGAAGAAAAGAGUGAAGAGAGCGAGGGUGCAGAGGCAGAAGAAAAGAGUGAAGAGAGCGAGGGUGCUGAGGCAGAAGAAAAGAGUGAAGACAGCGAGGGUGCAGAGGCAGAAGAAAAGAGUGAAGACAGCGAGGGUGCAGAGGCAGAAGAAAAGAGUGAAGACAGCGAGGGUGCAGAGGCAGAAGAAAAGAGUGAAGACAGCGAGGGUGCAGAGGCAGAAGAAAAGAGUGAAGACAGCGAGGGUGCAGAGGCAGAAGAAAAGAGUGAAGACAGCGAGGGUGCUGAGGCAGAAGAAAAGAGUGAAGACAGCGAGGGUGCAGAGGCAGAAGAAAAGAGUGAAGACAGCGAGGGUGCAGAGGCAGAAGAAAAGAGUGAAGACAGCGAGGGUGCAGAGGCAGAAGAAAAGAGUGAAGAGAGCGAGGGCGCAGAGGCAGAAGAAAAGAGUGAAGAGAGCGAGGGUGCAGAGGCAGAAGAAAAGAGUGAAGACAGCGAGGGUGCAGAGGCAGAAGAAAAGAGUGAAGACAGCGAGGGUGCAGAGGCAGAAGAAAAGAGUGAAGACAGCGAGGGUGCUGAGGCAGAAGAAAAGAGUGAAGACAGCGAGGGUGCAGAGGCAGAAGAAAAGAGUGAAGACAGCGAGGGUGCAGAGGCAGAAGAAAAGAGUGAAGACAGCGAGGGUGCAGAGGCAGAAGAAAAGAGUGAAGAGAGCGAGGGCGCAGAGGCAGAAGAAAAGAGUGAAGAGAGCGAGGGCGCAGAGGCAGAAGAAAAGAGUGAAGACAGCGAGGGCGCAGAGGCAGAAGAAAAGAGUGAAGAGGAUGCGGAGGCGGAAGAAGAAGAAGAAACGAGUGAUAGUGUGGGGACAGGUGAGGGGGAGGAGGAAGACGAGAGGUGUGCGAGUGAGGGGACAGGAGAGUGGGAACAGGGAGAGAAGAGUGAUAGUGAUGCGACUAUAAAGGGGGAGGAGAAGAGUGAUGGUGAGGGGACAAGUGAUGGGGAGGAGAGCAAAGAGAGUGAUUCUGAGGCAAGCCUAGUGGAGGAGGGAGAGGAGACGAGUGCACAGAGUGAGGGGGAAGGAGAAGAGGGCGAAAGUGGUUCUGGGACAAGUGGAGAGGAGGAGAUGAGUGAAGAAGAGUCCAGUGAUGAAGAGAGUGGGGAUAAAAAAAAAGAGGAAGAGGAGGAGAGCAAUUCGAGUGAGUAUGAAAAGGAGGAGAGUGGUGAUGAAUCAGGAAGUGAGGCUGAGCGCAAGAGUGAGGUAUCAGCAGAAGAGAAAGAAGAUAAACAAGCAGAAAAAGCAGAAAGUAAAGCCACUGAGUCAGCAGAGGAGGAAGGAGAGAACCAAGAAGAGGAAGAGAGUGGAGCAGAGGAGGAAGGAGAGAACCAAGAAGAGGAAGAGAGUGGAGCAGAGGAAGAAGGAGAGAACCAAGAAGAGGAAGAGAGUGGAGCAGAGGAGGAAGGAGAGAACCAAGAAGAGGAAGAGAGUGGAGCAGAGGAGGAAGGAGAGAACCAAGAAGAGGAAGAGAGUGGAGCAGAGGAGGAAGGAGAGAACCAAGAAGAGGAAGAGAGUGGAGCAGAGGAGGAAGGAGAGAACCAAGAAGAGGAAGAGAGUGGAGCAGAGGAGGAAGGAGAGAACCAAGAAGACGAAGAGAGUGGAGCAGAGGAGGAAGGAGAGAACCAAGAAGAUGAAGAGAGUGGAGCAGAGGAUGAAGGAGAGAACCAAGAAGAGGAAGAGAGUGGAACAGAGGAGGAAGGAAAGAACCAAGAAGAGGAAGAGAGUGGAACAGAGGAGGAAGGAAAGAACCAAGAAGAGGAAGAGAGUGGAGCAGAGGAGGAAGGAGAGAACCAAGAAGAGGAAGAGAGUGGAGCAGAGGAGGAAGGAGAGGGAGAGGAUAAGGAAGGUAGUGAAAGUAAAGAAAAUGAGGAGAGGGAGGAGGAGGCAGGCGUAAGUGAGGAGGAAGAAGAGGACGAGGGAAAGGAUGAAGAAAGUGGAGAAGGUGAGGAUGAUGCAGGAGAGGGGGAAGCACUUGAGGGUGAGGAUGAAAAGGAAGAUGAAAAGGAUGAGAACAACAAAGUUGAAGAGGGUGAGGAGGGACGAGAAGAUGAUGUGAAAGAAGCCAGGGGAGAGGAAGAGGUUGAAGGUGGAAAAGGUGAGGAAGAGGAGAAAGAAGCCAGGGGAGAGGAAGAGGUUGAAGGUGAGGAAGAGGAGGAGGAAGAAGAAGAAGAGGGAGACAAAGAAGCAGAAGGAGAAAAGGAAGGAGAGGAGGAGGAAGAAGAAAGACAGCAAGGAGAGUGGGAGGAUGAAGGAAAGGAAGAGGGUGAAGGGGAGGAGGAAGAAGAAGAGGAAAUUAAGAAUAGAGAAGAUCAAGGAGAAGGAAAGGAUGAGGAUAUGAAAGAAAGAGAAGAGAAUAAUGAGGAGAAGGCAGAGGAUGAGAGUGAAAAGGUGGAUGGUGAAAAACAGGAAGAGGAGAAAGAGGAAAGAGGAGUGCAUGAAGAGAGAGAUGAGGAAGCAAAUAAACCAGAAGAGGAAAGGGAGUGGCAAGAGGAGGAAGUGAAGGGAAAAAACAGGGAGGGGGAGGAGAAGGGGGGAGGUAAAAAAGAAGGGAAAGAAAAUAAGACAAGUGAUGGGGAGGUAGAACAAGAGGAGGAAGAAGAGGGCACAUGUGAACAGAAAGGGGAGAUGGAUGAGGAGGAAGGGGAAGAGGAGAAAGAAAAGGAGGAGAAAGAUAGUAAAGGAGAAGAAGAGGGGGAGGAAGACAGUAAAGGAGAGGAAGAGGAGGGAGAGGAAGAAGAGGGGGAGGAAGAAGAAGAGAGAAAAUCACAGAAAGGGAUAAAGAAAGGGUCACAGAGCGUACCACCUAAAGCAGCUCCCCCCAGCAGGAAAGGGAAGGAAGAGCCCCCAAUGGAGAAACCCAAACCACCAGCCCGCACCAAGCUGAGGACCACAGGGGGAAAACAGGCCAAUGGAACCCAAGAAUCCCAACAGUUCUGGAACAAUGUCUUACCCCAGUACCUGGAGCUGAAGUGAAAUAUACUGGACAUCAAUGGUUCCCAAUUUUAUUUGGGUCAGAACCCAUAACCUGACUGUUAAUAACAGCUGGAAUGGGUCUGGACCUCAGAAAACUAAGCCAGGUGCUCAAUAUACAGCACGACCCUACGUAAACUCCUUGAAUUUAAUCAAUAUCUGCAUACAAUUUACACAAUAUGCCCACUGUACUGUAAGGUACUAAACUGAGUGUACUCAUGCACUAUACUGUACUGAAUUGUAAUAUACAGAUAUUUGUAUUAAAUAAAGACAAAUUGAGAAUUUCA